CAAGCGGCGUUCUUCCCGAGGGCGGCACCGGGGCCGGGCGGUGGGGUCCGUGUGCCCGGGCGAGGGGCGGAGCUGCGGGAUGGCGUCCGGAGCGGCUCGCUGGCUAGCGUUGGCAGCCGUCAGGUCCGGGGUUCUCCGGAAAGGGCCUAGCUUGAGGAAAGGUGGCGAUGUCGCCGCGGCACGGAGCGACCCAGGCCGGAGCCUGGUACCGUCGAGAGGCGGCUCUGGAGCUCACAGCCGCCACUCUGACCCUCUGCAGAUGUCCUUCGGCCUUCUCCGUGUGUUUUCCAUCGUGAUCCCCUUUCUCUAUGUUGGGACGCUCAUUAGCAAGAACUUUGCUGCUCUACUUGAGGAACAUGACAUUUUUGUUCCAGAGGAUGAUGAUGAUGACGACUAACAAGAAUUACAGAAAGCAGAAAGCACUAACUGAAGAAAUGGUGAUGUUCUCAGCCUCUCUGCCUUCCCUAUCAGCAGGACUCAGGGAAAGCCCUCAACCUCCCAGUCUGGUGAAGCUGCCUCUGUGGUCCAUGACUGUAUCCCAGAUCCCCAGGCUCUGGAAGGCUCCCUGAGAUGUGCUGUCCACUAAGCACUGGACUAACAAGCAAUCACAUUAUGAAUAAACAUAAUAAAUGCCAGCUGUUUGUGACUGAAUAA